AUGAUAGUCCCCGCGCUCGUCGUCCUCGCCGCCUUGAGCCCACACCACGCGCCUCCGCCCGCAGCUCGAUCGCCGCCUGUGUCCCGACCGCCGCUCCCGGUCGGUGCAUCCUCUGCCGCGGCCGCCGUUGCCGACUGCUCUGGCCGGUCUGGUUUGUUCUCUUCAGUGCACGGCAGGCACAUCAGCGGCACGGAGAGCCGGCCGCUGCGGCGCGCGAGCUCCGUCAUCGUCGAGGCCGUGCAGCCGGCGGGAGCAGGCUUCAGUGUGCGCUACCGCGAGGCGGCCGGCGGAGAGCUGCAGCGGGCGGGCCGGAAGUCCUUCCUCCGCGAGCACCCCGAGCACUCCGCGAGGGUGGAGCAGAUGGCGCUGGACGAGGCCACGGCGCGGCUGAGCAAGCACGACCAGCUGUCCCUCGCCGACCCCGGCCUCGGGGGCGCCGAGGGCACCCUCUCCCUCUCCUCCCCGCUCCUCGACACGGCGGCAAGGGUGGCGGCGCCGGGGCCGCUGGCCACCUACCUCAAGUGCGUCUCGCACUCCGGCCCCAGCUCUCCGUCUGUGAGCCAGUGCGUGAUCCUCACGGCGACCAUCGAGGGAGCGACACUGCAGUACGCGGGCCUGCCGCUGGCUCUGUUCGACGGCGUGGCUCUCGGCUCUCCGCCGUGGGCAGUCCUGAAGCCUUGGUGGAACCUUCUCGGGUCCGUCCCUGUAGGCCGGCUCGACUGGCUCGCGCUUGGCGGAAAGUGGCGCCGCGCGCGGCUGCACACGGUGGAGUGA